GUGUUAAAGGACCUGCCUGUGUAUCUUCGCCUGGGUCCUCCCUGUUCCCACUACCAACCAUGACACCAGAUAACUGAUGUAAUUUCCUGCAUACUGGCAGGUGCAGAAACUCAAGUGCAGCGUGUAGAGAGCGCGGCUUAAAACGGGAAGUCCUCUGUUUCUAUCUACAGAGAACACCACCACACUCCCCAAGAGAAGGAGCUACACUAACAGCUGUUCAAAAAACAAUGAAUAACACAUCUUGUCGUAGCAUUAGCUUUGACUUUGCAAGCAAAUUCCUGCCUCCUGUUUUCGUCAUAGUGUUCAUCGUUGGUCUGACAGCUAAUGGAUGGGGAUUGAAGACACUGCUACAGAACUGGAGGAAAGUGGGGAACGUCAAUGUGUUUGUUAUCAACCUUGGAUUGGCAGACAUUUUGUAUCUGCUCACACUACCAUUUCUAGUGGUUUACUACUUCAAGGGGAGUAAAUGGAUCUUUGGAGACACAUUCUGCAAGAUAACAAGAUUCUGCUUCAACAUGAAUCUAUAUGGCAGCAUUGGCUUCCUUACCUGUAUAAGUGUGUACAGGUAUCUGGCUAUAGUUCAUCCAAUGAAAGUGUUGGGAAGAAUAACUGUCACCCACUCUGUGGCUAUCUCAGUCAUGGUUUGGCUGUUGGUGGGAGUUCAGAGUCUUCCAGACAUGUUCUACACCAAGACUUACAGGAACCGCACUGGGAAAUGCUACGAGACCACCUCCAAACCCUAUGUUGAGGAUUACCUGAAAUACAGCCUUGGAUGGACAUUCACUGGAUUUUGUAUCCCAUCCCUCAUCACACUGGCCUGCUAUGGACAUGUGAUUUUCAUUCUCUGCUGCAAAAAUACCACUGACAAGGUACUGAGACAGAAAUGCUUGAAAUUGAUGUUUAUUUUGAUCCUUCUCUUCUCUAUUUGUUACAUCCCCUUUCAUUUAUUAAAAAACCUAAAUCUCUGGUCAAGAGUUCUGUCCAAACAGAAGAUAUGCCAUGGAUGGGCUGAUAGAGUCUACAUUGCUCAUCAGAUAAGUCGUGGCCUUGUGUGUCUGAACAGUGCUCUCAACCCUCUGGUUUACCUCCAUGGAAAUAGAGAUAUUCCUGCUCAGCUCAGACAGCUGCUCCAGCGAGGUCGUCAAGAUUGUCGACGCCCGACCACCCAUAGUCAAAAUACCCUGGUGUAAAUAUUCUGAUUUGUAAAUUAAACUUCACAAUGGCAUCAUCUAUAUUGUAUAUUGUAUUGUAGUUUAUUAUUUGCUGCUGUAACAUAUUUACUGUACUGCCUUCAGUUUUGGCGUGGUGGUGUGUGGUAUGUGGUGGUUAUGUUGCUGUUAACAUGCUAAAAAAAACUGAUAUUAAAAAAAGACAAUUCGUUAAA